GUUAUGGCGCAUUCAACCAAGAUUCAUACUCGGGCUGGAUCGCGGGCAUCGCUCGUCUCAGUCGGGCAGAUGCCUGUCAUCAAAGAAGACAGCAACAUCAUCACACCGGCGCCAGCAAUGCUCCGCAUACCUGCAAAGAAUCCCCACCGAAGUCUGGGACCACAACCUCACGGGGUAAUCAUACCGUAUCUGACGGGCUUUCAGGAUCUGCCUCCAAAAACACUGGCCUCGACGGAGGGUAAGGCUGAAGGCGAUGAUGGAGAUGAAAAGACUGUUGUUGGACGGAUGACGCCUCCGCCUAUAGCAACGUUGAGAAAGAGGCGAUGGAAUGGAGAGGAGUGGACGCCGAGCGAUUCACAGCGAAAAUGCCACUUGGUAAUAGUGUCAUCGGUGAUCUUGGUGAUUAUUGCCGGCAUUGCUACUGGACUCACACUGGGCCUUACGAAAACACCGGUCAUGGGCAGCCCCUACAGCAAUCAAGAUGCCUUUUAUCCAGACCUACCAAUUGGCGGCUUCGUAGUAGAUACGGCUCUCUACGGUUCAUCAUCCGCAUGUACUUCUAAUCCAAAUGCCUGGCGGUGCCUCUCUUCCAAAGAAAGCCGAGUACCCCGUUUUUACUGGACCAUCACCGAGGUGGAUUCGAAUUAUCAAAUCUCCUCUGCCGACGACCCCAUCGCUUCGUCUCUUACAGAUAUCCCUCUAACAGUUCUUGACGAGGGUGAGGAAGAGGAACGGUUUGUCUUGUCUUAUAAAUUCAACACGACUGUUGAGCUGGCAAUUACGGCGACAAACCGUGCUGCGAAGUGCGUUUACUCCGAUAUGAUUUUUCAAGCCACGCUUUGGACGAAACGGGAGAUGCAACAGCCAUCCAGGACGACCAAAAAGCGCGAUGAUUAUGUGAAGUGGCCGGGACUGGUGGAGAUUAUGGAAAUCAAGAAUGCUACGCUGGGAGGGGCACCAGAGUGUGUUGAUUCUAAGGGUGACAAGAUCGCCGAUGUGCAAAGUGACGCGCGAGCUUGUGAGUGUAUAUAUAGGACAAAGGGAUGGAUAUAAUGAUGCUUUCAGGAUUGGAAGAGACGUUAGUGUGAAUAGAUAUUGCGUGUAUAUUGUAUGCUAAGCACAGGAACCAUAUUUCGAAGCCUCCAUCA